AGCAAACUAAUUAGAAAAUAUAACAAACAAGGAAUUACAGUUAACACUAGUGAACAUUUAUAACAAUAUCAGGCUAUCAGAAAAGCCGAAUUAACAAUAUAUUAUUCAAUUGUAUGCCAACUAACUACGAUUCCAAAGUUUAUGCUAAUUCCAGUCAUUCAUGUUGCAUAUUAUGUUUGGACUAUCAGAAGAUCGAAAUGAAUCGACUUGUUUUCAGUCAUCACCUUUAUCUUCCCAGUCAUUAUCCUCUCCUCCAUCAUCAUCAAGAAGAUCUAAUCGAACAAUAGUGAGUGCUAAACAAAAAUUCAAUACAAGUGAUGAAGAAACUGCUGCAAUGCAACCAUCGACUAUCCGUAAAAAUAAUUAUGAUAAUGAUGGCUGUCUCCACCCCAUUUGUGAAAAGACAAAAACACAGGAAAAAUGUACUAAAGGAAAUAAGAGUCAACAAAAGUAUUCUUGUAAUCGAAUGUUUAGCUGUUGUGUUCGUCGAAAAUCAAAAUCAUCGAAAAAUUCUUCUUUUUUUACUAGACUGAAUGAUGAUAACACUACCAACGAUAACAAUGAUCAUGUAGAUAAUGAGAAUAAAUCACGAUUGAUAUCGGAAUCUCUGGAUACAGAAAACAACGAUAUAAGUAGUGCAGAAGAGGCUACUUUGAGACUAAAGGAUUGUUUUAAAAAUUAUGAGGAGCGUCAGAAAUAUAAGUCUAUAAUCCAAGAUACUCCCUUAUAUCAAAUAUAUACGGAAAAGGUUGCACGUAACGAAUCAAAACGUGACGCUCGACGUUUAUUGGCUGUCGUACAACCUGGUUCCUUGCAAAACCCAUCAAAUAAUUUAAAAUUUGAUGAUGAAUUAUUCGCUGCAAUAGAUGGUGAUGAGUCGGAGUUAAAUAAUCAGUAUUCAUCGAAAAUAUCAAGUAAGGGAGCAAACAGUCCACAACCAUCAGUUCAUAUGAGUAACUCUGAACAAAAAAAUCCUGCAGUUCAUUCACCGGAUAGUUCCAGUUCUCGAACAGGUUCAAGAAAUACUGACGCAAUGAAAGCAUCAUCGUAUAAACGUAGUCAUUCCAAUUCAUCUGGUAGUGAAAAAAAUGGAAGUCGGAGAUCCCUUCCUAAGCCAAGAAGACAAACUCAUGAGGUUCGUAGUUUUGUGAAUGAAGUCGCUGGUACUGGGCCAAAUCGGGUACAGUGGUGUGCAAUGCCUCAGGUGGUUAGUGCAAGCCUAGCUAAAGACCUUCCUGAUUAUCAAAGAAAGUUGCAAGAAGCAUUAUUUGAAGUUAUAACCUCAGAAGCAUCUUACUAUCGUACUCUACACAUUUUAAUGGAAAAGUUCUAUAAAGCCCAGUGUAUGCAGCCAGAAUCAAAAUCGUCUGUUAUAACUGCCAUACAGAAACGUCACUUGUUCUCAAAUAUAUCAGAAAUAUUUUUUACCAGUGAAACAUUUCUUCGAGAUAUGGAGUUAUAUUUCCUUCAAAAUCCAAUGAUACCCCAACUUUGCGAAAUUAUUUAUGAGCAUGCUGAGUUUCAUUUCGAAAAUUAUGUGAAAUAUGUACAAAACCAAAUGUAUCAACUGAGAACUUUGUCCAAGCUUCUAUCAUCUCCUGCUUUCGUAGAAGCAGUUCGUUCAAUACAGCAGCAACCAAGUUGUGGAUUCUUGGACCUGAAUUCAUUCCUGUUACUUCCAAUGCAGCGUGUAACACGCUUACGCCUUUUACUGGUUGCUAUACUACAUUAUGCACCCAAAAACAGUGUUACUUACCAAGGUGGCUUGGUAGCCCUUGCUUCUUUAGAAAGAGUAAGUUAAUAUCAGAGUUACUAUUUUCCUCAGUAACACUAGUAAACUUUUGAACGAAUGCGGAUGUACAAUUUUGUGGGGGACAAAAUGUAUGGUAAGCAAUCAAUGAAUGACCCACUAAACUCUAGGUAAAGCCUGUAGUAAAAUGAAUGUGCAUAUAUCGGAGCCUAAUUUCCAGUUAACGGUUCAAGUCAAUCUGCUGAAUUCUGUUAUUUGACCUAAGGUGGUAUCAUUUUAGUGGGUCAAAUACACAUGUUUGACCUUCUUAACAUUCAUUCCACUCAGGCUAUAUAACUGAUCACUAAAAUGCUAAGAACGCAUGUGUUUUUGAACAUAAAAACUGAAAUCAUGCAAGACUGAUUUCUUCGAAAGUUGUUUGAAGUACUGUUUAGAAGUGAAUUCUUUCAUAUUUUGCGUAAACUGAUAUACGUCAACUAAAUAUUUUGUUAAGAAUACUCGUAUAUUUGAACAUGAUCUGACAAUUCUUAGAAUGGUUCGCUACAAUAAAUAUUCAACAACCAUUUUUUUUUACAAAGGAAUAUACUUACUUUUAUGUGAUUUGCCAUAAACUGACGAUAGCAAAACAUUGUUACUUUUUGAAUUGAAUAUCUAUAAAUAUUCCUAAAUUCUAUUUUGACGAUAAAAAAGCUAGAAAUUUGUUAGUUCACGGAUUUUAAUCCAGAAGUAAAAAUGAACCUACCGAGAAACAGUACAUUUCUUAUAGAAACUGUCAGAAACUGUAAGAUAGUGUCACGUAAAACAUGACAGAAUUUCACUUAUCUUUGCAGAUUCCGAAGACUCAGUUAAUAUUUUCUACUAGAAAAUUAUCUUAACUCAAGAUUUACUGGAAGACAUAUAUCCAUUUUGAAACAGCAACGGUUCCAUUGAGUACCUCAACUGACGAAACAUACCGUCUCGAAAAUAACCGACAAAAUCUUCUGUUAACCAUACACAGUCUAUUAGUUUUGUAAUGGGUACACCAAAUUAAGUGGUUGAAGGACUAGUUGACCAAAUCUGGAGCUACUGUGUUUACUACUCAUUACCAGCAUACCUAUAACAGCUACGCAAUAAAAAUGAAAUUCUUAUCAGAUUGAUAAGUCAGCUAUAUUUUCAGCUUUCAAAUUGAUAUGGGUUCACACUACUCAUUCCUUAUUACUCAACUUGUUUUUACACCCUAAUGCUUUUACUCUUAUUCAACCGUCAGGUUGGUUAUAAAUAAUAAUAUCUUUGAAAUAAAUAACAAAGUGAUUAAUACUUCAGUAAUGUCAACUUUUUCUCGUAAUAACUUUGACUAGAAAAGUAGGCAUUAUGUGUUAAUGUAUUCUUUACUUUAUCAUCCCUUGAAAUUAAAGAAAAGUCAUUCAUUGCUGUCUGUAGCUAAGUUUAAAACGAACGCAUCUAUAUAAUUCCUAGAAGAGUGGUUGACUUAAGAUAGCAUGAUUCAUGUAAUUCAAAAAUGCCAUUAGACUACAUUUCUGCCGGCAUUUGUGGUGGUCUCAGUAUUCACUGAAGCAUAGUUCAACUAAUGUUGUCCACUGUUUGAUAUAGUAUAGAGCAUGGUUUGUUUAACGUAGCAGGUAUGAGCAAUAUUGGCAUAAAUUUGGCUUCCUCACCAAAAGUGAAAUUUACCAACAAUACGCUAAGUAUUCUCAUUAGAAUCAAAUAUAUAUUCCUAUAAGGUAUUAAGUACCUCACCUGGUUAACUAGUUUACUAGUUACUAGUUAAUAGCCGGUCCUAAGCCUGGGUAAAGAGGAAAGGUUGGGCGUCGGGCUAGCAACACUACCCCGGAAAACCAAUCCAAUCGCAAAACAAACUUCAAAGCACAAGG